CCGCGCCCUGCCCGCGGCCUCGCUGCGUGCCGCGGCAGGAGCUCAUCCCCAGGCUGUGCAGGACCCUGGGUGCUGUCAUCCGGUGGCCGAGCACGGGGCCGGGCGCGGAUGGAGGAACGCCGUCCCUCUUCACCCCCUGCGGAGCCGUCUCCGUGAGGCGGCUGAGGGCUGGCGGCCGGGCUGCUCGGGGCUGGAGGUCACCCCACCUGGAGCCGGUCCGCUCUCAGCAGGGGUGGAGGCGGGCUGCCGGCCCGCUGGGCGUAGAGGGGCUGCCGGCGCAUGGGGGUUUUGGCUGCGCCGCGGGAGCGUCAGCGCUGCGCGUCUUGCGCUGUUCUCUGCCUCUGGAGCUCCUCACUUUUUUUUAUCAUAACGUAGAACGGAACCGCUGCUGGCAGCACAAAACCUGUGUUUUCUGUUCCUCGCGCUUCGAACAGUUAUCCUUUUAACGUCAGACUUUCUGUCUUGCAGAAGGUUUGCGCUGGGCUUUAUGGGAAGCAGCGGGGCAGUGCUUGGUGCCGGUAAGGUUACAGAAAACAGAUCAGACCUUGAAGAUUUACAUCUUUAUGCAACACCUCGGGAGCAACGAUUUCGUAGGUUUGCCAGUUUAGAGUUUGAGGGACAGCUCUAUAUGACUCCAUAUGACUUCAUUCAGGCUGUCACAAAUGAUGAACCGAAACAUGCUAAAAAGUGGCGAUCCCUUUCCAAGCAGGAAUUGAAUCAGAUCCUUAUGGAGACACCACCAGUUUGGAAAGGAUCAUCCAAACUUUUUCGUAACCUUAACGAGAAAGGUGUGAUAUCUUACACAGAAUAUUUAUUCCUCUUAUGUAUUUUAACAAAGCCACAUGCAGGUUUUAGAAUUGCUUUCAACAUGUUUGAUACCGAUGGCAAUGAAAUGGUGGACAAAAAGGAGUUCUUAGUGCUACAAGAGAUUUUCAGGAAAAAAAAUGAGAAGAGAGAAAGAAAAGGAGAUGAAGAAAAACGUGCAAUGUUGCGUCUUCAACUUUAUGGAUAUCAUACUCCUACUAACAGUGUUCUUAAAACAGAAGGAGAGGACCUUGUCCCCAGAAGCUACUGGGAUACUUUGAGACGUAGCACGAGCCAAGCUCUCUUUUCAGACCUUGCGGAGCGUACUGAUGAUAUUGCAAGUUCACUGUCAGAUACAACACUGCUUGUACACUUUUUUGGCAAGAAAGGAAAAGCUGAACUGAACUUCGAAGAUUUUUAUAGAUUUAUGGAUAACCUACAAACUGAAGUUCUAGAGAUAGAAUUCCUUUCCUAUUCUAACGGGAUGAACACUAUCAGUGAGGAAGAUUUUGCACAUAUUCUUUUGAGAUAUACAAAUGUGGAAAAUACAUCAAGUUACUUGGAGAACAUGCGCUGCAGAAUUCCUGAAGAAAAGGGUAUCACAUUUGAUGAGUUUAGAUCAUUUUUCCAGUUCUUGAACAACCUAGAAGACUUUACAAUUGCAAUGCAAAUGUAUAAUUUUGCAAGUCGUUCCAUAGGCCAAGAUGAAUUCAAGCGUGCUGUUUAUGUAGCCACAGGUGUAAAGCUUUCCCCACAUUUGGUGAACACAGUGUUCAAGAUUUUUGAUGUCGACAGAGAUGACCAACUGAGUUACAAAGAAUUUAUCGGCAUUAUGAAAGAUAGACUUAAUCGAGGGUUUAGGGAGAGUCCCAAGUAUGGUUGGAAGGAGUAUUACUCUUGCGUGAUGACUGUAACCAGUGAACAUCUCAGAGAUCUAUGGAAACAAUUUCGGAGACGAGAUAUGCUGAGAUAAAGAAAGAAAGCAGGAUCAUGUGCACUGGUUAGAACUAUAUUUAUUCCUAUAAAUUCUGGUUGAAGAACAGGCUAACCCGGGUGAAUCAUGAAUCUUCCAGUUGCAGUAGAAAACACAGGACUACUUUUCCACUAAAAGUAUAGAAUUCGUACAACCACUUUUGUGUUGUAUUGUGUUAAAUGUAUUGUGAAUACAUUUAAAUGUAUUUCAUUUAAAUGACAAGCUGUAGUCUGAUUGGCAUAAGUCUUUUUCAUAAGAAUGCAUUUUGAAUAUUUGUUAUUAUUUUGAGAUAUGUUUCUCACAUAAAGGAGAACAAAAAUAAGUAUUACACCUGACUAAGCAAACAUUUUGGCAAUGGAGAGAAACUGCCUAUAUCAACUUAAACUGCGAAUUUGCUUUCAGAAGAACACUAUUAAAUGUUUGUGCUAAAUUGGGAAUGAGAAUGCUUUAUGUAGCAUAACAAUUACAUAUGAAUUGAAUGUGCAAAUUACUCUUAGAAGCUAACAAAGCUGUUACGGUAAAAUUAUUGAUUAUAAUGUGAAAGAUAGGUAUUUACCUAAGAGAGGUACUGUAUGAACUGUAAUGUUCAGAUUCUCUAAGUCUUAUUAUUAUCUUUAUUAAUUUAAUCCUUUAAAAAUUGUACUGAUUUUAAGAUGUCUUAUGUGUAAUGUGUUGAAGGAAAGUCAAAAUAUUCAAAUUCAUGUUAAGUAACACACUUUAUAAUAUUUAUUAUAAACCUUAUUUCCAUGUGUAUGCUCACUUACAUAUUUCUGGUAGAGUAAAAUUGUGUUUCUUGUGAAUAGUGCACUUUUAUAUGAAGACGUGGCAUUGAGUAGAAAUUAUUGUUCUCUAACUCACUACUCUGGAAUGCAGCAUCUGAAAAAUAAACAACUUCUGUUUGUGUCAAACAAAAAAGCAAAGCAAAACUGAAUGCAUGCAGCAGCACAGAGCAACACUUACUAAUAUUUGAAUAUUACACAUCAAAUAUUAGACAUAAAUUAGGCCUUACUGAGGUGAUGGAGACUAUAGGUAGUCAGUAGCCACUGUGACCUUUCAUGGCCUGUAUGUUUAGAUAAUACUGAAACAUUCAUAAAAACAUUGUUACAUUUGGGUUUUCCUCUUAAUUGUUUUCUUUGAUAUUCUGCAGCAGUGUUUUUUUCUUACUCCCUUUCAAGAUGACUGUUACAUGUUGUGUGUUAGAUCUCAAGAAACACAAACACAAUUUUUAUUUAGUUUUUGGAAAGGUGAGCUGGAUGCUAAAUACAUCUGUAUUUGCUUAGGAACAAUCUAUGCCUUGAAAGAUUUCAACCUUAAACUCCUGACAAUAUGAAAAGAAUCAGUAGAGAUUUGUGUAGGGGUUCUUGAAUUGACACAACAGAACAUGGAUAAGAUGUAAUCCCUGUGUUUGUUUUAGGGAAUCAUUAGUAUUCAAUGUAUCAUCUUGGUGCACAGAGCUGUCUCACUGCUUCUUGUCAGUGUAAGUAAAACCCAGUUUGCUACUUCAGUGAUGAAAGACAAAAGAAAUGGAAAGAAGGAUUAGGGAGUUAUUGAAGGAGUUCCCCUCAUUCCUCUUCAGUCACUACUGCUCUCUCACCAGUGGUUCUCCCAUUGGAGUAGGCAGUAGCACCAUCAUCAUUUGUCUCCUUCAUUACUGUUGGCAAUAGUGCACUUUGCUUUUAUGGCUGGCUUGACACAAUUUUAUCAUUUUCCUAUAUAUUUCCUAACUAUAGUCACUCAGUAUAAAAUAGAAUGUGAAAAGUGUCAGAUUAUUUUUUAAGAAUAUUUUUUUCAUGUUUAAUAAUAGUAAUAUAUGUAAUGUAGAAUAUGAAUAUAUGCAUUUUAUUUCAAAGUAAAUGCACUUGAAACUAAUUCUCAUUGCAGUGUGUAUUAUUAAAAUUGUGUGUUGUUGGUCAAACUGCCUGCUUUCCUAUAGUUAUUCGGUCUCCUAUUUUCCACCUAAAAUUCCACCUAAAAACUUUCUUUUGGUUCACUUUGUUUGCAUAACAAUCUCGAAUGAAUGAUCUGUCAAGCUCUAGGGGCAUGUCUGGAGUUCUUUUGCCAUUAACUGUUUUAAACUAAUACUUGUAAAAGGAGAAAAAUCAGACCAAAAUCUGACUAUUCAAGAAAUGAACCUGAAGCAAAACUAUAGCAAUACUGUGUCUGAACUCCCCUUAAAGUUGAGCCAAAGCAAAUGUGUUUUCUACUGUAUAUGAGGUCUGAAUGUACAGUAUUUUUCCCAAUACUUCAAAGUCCAUGAUAGCUUUUGUAUGGCACUCUGAAGCUGUCAGCAGGUGGUGCCCUUGGAUAGAUUAAGUAAGUUCUUCUUAUGCACAAAAAUAUAAUUAAAUACAUGGGGUGUGUGUUAAUCUUGAAUGGGUAAUGUUAAUUUCUACCACUACUUUGACUUACAAAUUCCUCCCACAGGCUAACAUUAUUGUUAACAAGAAGAGUUCCAUAGAAGGUAUUAGUAUUCUUAAAAAUUGUAAUAUGAAAUACCUCAUAUAUAUAAACAUGCAUAGAAAUAGCAGCACAUUAAACAUAUUUAAGUUCUAGUAAUACGUUUCUGUUCAAUCUAAGUGAAUAAACUACUACUCCUGGUCA